AUGCAGGCCAUUGCACCUCUUUCUCUAAGAGCCCUUUCCGGCCAUGCUCUUACUCAGGAACCAUUUCUAGUAGAGGAUCUCUUUCGACUAACCACUCGACUUGUUCAGCACUGUCCAGUCGCAUUUCUCGCCAGCCCGACACUUAUGCUGGACGAACUUCUUGAUUUGGCUGUAAGGGCGCUCAAACUUUGUGCCACCGUUGCUUCAGGAGCUGCUACUGCCGCGGGGUCUUCAUCUGGUAUGCUUGAUAAAACACUAUAA